AUGGAGCUCUGCUUCUUCGUUGCCUUCUCUAGCCUUGUCCUCUCCCUCCUGCAUCUUCCGGCGGCAGCUUGCUCCUGCGGCCGAUCGGACUGCGAGCUCAUCGCCCUCGCCUUCCGCCACGUCUCGGGAUUUCAGCUCCCCCCUCCCACGGCCGACUGCUCCCUCAGGCUCCCCUCCCGCAACCUCAGCGGUGCGGUCUCGUGGAUGCACCUGCGCAGUGUCUCCGCCCUCCGUGUCCUCGACCUGUCGGGCAACGCCCUCGGUGGCUCCAUCCCCGGCGGGUUCUGGUCCGCCCCGGCCCUCCUCCACGUCAACCUCGCAUCCAACCGCCUCGAUGGCGUCCUCCGGUUCGACCCGGGCUCCCAGACGCCGCCCCUCAGGUCGCUCAACCUCUCCGGAAACCGGUUCACUGGCGUUGCUGGCCUCGCUGGCCUGCCCCGUUUGGAGGACGUCGACUUGUCGCGGAACAGCCUCGACUCCUUCCCGCUCGGGCUGGAGAAGCUCGGAAGACUGCGGCACUUGGACUUGUCGCAUAACUCGAUGAGAGGGGUGUUGCCGGAGGGAUUUCCGCCGAUCGCCGGCGGGCUUGGCUACCUCGACGUCUCUUACAAUAACUUCACCGGCGUCGUGCAGCCCGAGGCGGUGAAGAAGUUUGGGGAGCCUGCCUUUGUCGAAGCCGGCUCUCUUCAGUUUGUUUCCGCUGCUCGCGUCGUCGCCCAUUCGUCUUCUCCUAGUCGUUCGCUUCGGAGGACGAGACACAGAAGAUCGAGGAAAAGAAAAAUUACAUUGUUGUCAGCUAUUCUUUCAGUUUCUGCCGUUGCUAUCAUUCUUGUGGCGCUUUGGUACUACUUGCAUCGAGUCGAUAAAGAGGAGCAAAGGGCAAGAGAAGAGAAAGAGGGAGGUGCCGCCACCGUGGGAGAUGAAGCCGGUGGUGCUGUACAAAAAGCCGAUGGAGGCGACGUCGAGGUUCGUGAAGGAGUCUCAGCUGGAAAAGGGCAGGCGGAGCAACCCCACGUCUAG